AUGCCCGGGUUGCUGCAAAGCUUACAAGAGACACUAGGAAAUGAUGCAACACCAACCGCAAUUCAAGCAUUGUCGAUGAAGAAUUUAUUCAGGGAUCGCGUGGAGGGCGAGAGGUACAAGGAGUUCCUGCUUGCUAGCGAGACGGGGUCAGGGAAGUCUAUAGCUUACUUUCUUCCAAUGUUACAGGAUCUCAAACGCACGGAACACGAACAGUCUGACGCCGUUUCCCAGCAUUCGACUCCCAGGCCUUUGAAUCCUCGUGCACUCGUACUUGCGCCUACCCACGAACUCACUCGCCAACUCGCCAGCUUCGCAAAAAACUUAUCUCACGUUAUCAAAUUGCGCGUCAUGUGCGCUAGCAAGGCAAAUACAACUAGCACAGCCAAGUUUAGUGGAACCGCCUCGAAAAUGAAAGAAAAAUUUGAGGAAGCUGGUACUGUGAGUGAUGGUGCAUUCGUGAUUUCAAAAUCCUCCCGUGGGUCAAGACCGGUAGACCUUCUGGUGGGUACGCCGAUGAAGCUUCUUGAGAUGGAGCGUGGGAGAGGCUGGAACUGGGAGGAGCGGGCAAGGGAGCGGGCGAUGAGGAUAGGGAAGGUAAAAUCCGAAGAUGUAAAGGAUGCGGAUGAGGGCAGCAAAGAGGCCUCGAGAGAGUUUUGGGUUGACGAACCAGAGAUGGGCUUGGAGAACGUGCAGUGGGUGGUCGUAGACGAGGCAGACGUCCUCUUCGAUCCGGACUUUCAAGAAUCUACUCGCAUGCUUCUUGGUGAUAUCGCUGCAGCUCGUGGUUCACCUGUCCCAGUCAUCCCUUCCUCGGCUCUAUCCUCAACUCCAGAUUCAGAAGCAACUACAACGAUCUCCUACCCGUUCAACUUUCUUCUCACCAGCGCAACAAUUCCCACAUCCCUUGCUACCUAUCUUUCAAACUACCAUCCAUCCCUCACCCGCCUUGCAUCCCCACGGCUGCAUCACCUCCCUCCGACCCUUCGCACAGAGCACACCUCAUGGACGGGUGGGAAUAAAAAUGCCGACAUCGAGCGCCGCAUCCGUCGCGUAUGGGCUGAAGAUGCCCUCGUGCACUCCAAGACUGCAACCGGUUCCGGCCCCGUCAAACUCUCCAAGCUCCUCGUCUUCUGCAACAAACGCAGCAAAGUCGAGCAACUGGCUGCAUUCCUCGACGGCCGCGGGAUCAAAUGUGUUGCGCUCACCGGUGGUGCAGAAACGCGCAAACGGGGGUCGAAUCAUCAUCUCGACGGGUUCUUGAAGACGGGUGGGCCUGUCCUGACGGGUCCGGGUGUGUGUGAUCCGGCUCAGACGCCUCAUGUGCUUGUUACGACCUCGCUUCUUUCACGUGGGCUGGAUUUUUCGCCGAUGAUCAAGCAUGUGUUCAUUGUUGACGAGCCGAGGAAUAUGAUUGAUUUUUUGCAUCGUGCUGGUCGUGCUGGACGUGCGGGCGAGGCGGGGAAGGUGGUGGUGUUUGGAAGGGCGAAAGGGAGGGGUAGUGGGCGGACGGAGGAUGUCAAAGAGAAGGUUAGGGCUGUUGCUGGAUAG